CCUAAUUACAUGGCAUGAUGCACAUGGCCGCUUGCUCCUAUUCGACCGAGUCCCUGUUAGGCCCAUGGGUAUGCGGUAGUGCUUCUGAUUCACGCGGUGCCCUCUGCUCUGAUGAGUAGGAGCUCUGCCUGGUAGCUGCGGUCAUCCUAUCCUGUGUCAAUGAGCGUCCACUCCUCUCAACAGCUCGAAAAGGCCGUCCUCGACCCAGAUCUACAACCUAUCAAGGAUAUAGAGCCUAUCACCGUCACCUCUAAUGUCGCUCAGUCUCCCCUCGAGUAUCGCCUCUACAAACGGCGCUUUGUCGGUGUCUUUGGCUUGGUUGUUCUAAACGUCGUCGCCGCUAUGAGUUGGCCGUGGUUUGGCCCCAUAUCCAACGAAACCUCUCUGGAGUUUGGCUUCUCUUUAAACCGAGUCAACUGGCUGGGGAAUAUAGUCGCCUGCAUCUACCUCCCUGUGGCAAUUCUUAUCCCGCCAUUUGUAUCUCGAUAUGACAUUCGACGAUGUUGUGAUGUCGGCGCUUUGUGCUUAAUUCUCUCUUCUUGGAUAAGAUAUGCAGGGACAGCCAAAUCUCUGUCUACACAAAGCUCUUAUGCUUUACUCAUGUUCGGUCAACUAUUUGCGGCGGUUGCGCAGCCUAUCUACCAAGUGCUCGGUCCAAAGUAUUCUGAAACUUGGUUCAACUUGCAAGGGAGGACAACCGCUACAAUGAUCAUAGCGAUUUCUAAUCCCAUCGGGGGCGCCAUUGGCCAGCUUCUCAGCCCCCUCGUGGGUGACACUCAGCAGUCGAUUCUCGUUCUUGGCAUCAUAUCAACCGCUGCGACUCCAUUCGUUUUUCUCAUAAGAUCUGCUCCUCCUACGCCGCCCACUUAUGCUGCAUCCCGAUCGCCUCCUUCUCUUCUCUCCUUUGUCAAACGGGUAAUCGGUCUGGAUAGAACAACAGGAGAGCAUUACAUGACUCUAAGAGAACGCUUUGAUUUUGGGAUCAUAUGGUUCAUCUUCUCCGCGCUGGUGGCUGCAACCAAUGCUUUCGCCUUAUUGUCAGCAGAGAUUCUGGAACCUGUUGGGUAUUCAUCUGAUACCAGUGGACUGAUGGGGGCCUGUCUACUUCUUACGGGCAUCGUCGCUGCAAUAGUCACUGCGCCACUUUUCGAUAGAGUUUUCACUAGGCAUCUCGCUCUCACAACGAAGAUAGCAAUACCCAUCGUGGCCGUAGUGUGGUUAUCCAUGGUCUGGGCAGUGAAGCCAAAUAAUACCGGCGGACUGUUCGCCAUCAUGACCAUUCUAGGAGUCGGGUCAGUCCCCAUGCUGCCUGUUGCACUAGAGUUGGCUUGUGAUCUCACCAGGAACGCGGAUGCAAGUUCUUCAUUGUUAUGGUUUGGGCACGUCUUGAUCGUCCCAUGUGUUUGCGUCUCUCACGAAUUCAACAGAGGAAAUCUUUUCGCUAUCAUGUUUAUAUUGGUGAUGGAUGCAUUGAGAGCCGGUCCAGAUGCAGAGCCGCCUCUUAACAUGCGCCGCGCAUUAAUAUUCAACGGAGCGUUCGUGCUAGCUGCAGCAUCAUUUGUGAUUCUCUUGCAGGGAAGGCAAGUGAGAAAGGAAAUGGAUGAAAUUAAACUCCAAGAGUCGACGCAAACAAGGAGAACAGACGAGGACUUGGAAGCUCCACCAUGACACGCCGAUAACUCUUAUCCUCAUCGUUUGUUAACCAUCGCAUCCAAUUUGCUCGAUCUAUAAAUUAAAUCUCAAUGCAUUAGUGCAUUCGCACAAUCAGUUCUUAGAUUUAAAUCCCCGAAAGUAUUUUUCGCGGAAGUCCUUGUGAGCUGGGACAUGCUGAUCUUCUGGACGGUCCUGUGCUUCGACCACGGGCGGUAGAUAAGUAACUCUGACAGUUUUUUGUAUAGUUACGAGCUUGGUAUGAAUCAGUCAGUCAUACCAUUGAAAACAAGGAAACACUGACCCUACGGCCCCAUGAGCCAAAAUCUUGUAACGAGUUCGCGAUGACCUCCAUCCCUGGACAAAGCAUAGAAUAUAUAUCCACCUCUUCGUAUUCG